AUGAAUGUACUAGUGCUGGAACCCAGCUCUACAGCCUGUCCCUUCGGAAGGCAAAUGGAAAAGCACAGUGUGGGGAAGGAGUAUGGGUUGGAGGACAUGACCAGAUUGCCAGCCCGGCUCUUCCUUACAAUCUACCUUUUUGGUGUUUUGUUUUGUUUUUCCUCUCUCCUUCCACUCAGCAACGUGAGUAUGGAUUCGGCAUAUCCCCGGAGCCUGCCCUGCUCCGAACCAUCCGAUUCUAGGGAGCCUGCACCACCCUCACCAGUGCCUGAGAGUUAUGAGCCUGAAGAAAACUAUGCAUCCUUGCAAAUAUCAUCUGCUGAAACAUUCCACACGGAGACUGUCUCUCCUCUUCCUUCCUCCAUGGACCUGCUUAUUCAGAACAGCCCUGAUUCUUCCACCAGUCCCAGCGCAACACUCCCCGCCUCUGCAGAGAACGGGGCCCGGAAGGAGGAGCAACCCCAGGCCAAGAAACAGAAGAUCCGAACUGUCUUCUCACAGACCCAGCUCUGUGUGCUCAAUGAGAGAUUCCAAAGGCAGAAGUACCUCAGCCUCCAGCAGAUGCAAGAACUUUCCAGCAUCCUGAACCUCAGCUACAAACAGAUUAAGACGUGGUUCCAGAACCAGAGGAUGAAAUGUAAGAGGUGGCAGAAAUACAACUGGCCAAAGUAUAGCCACCGUAUGUCCCAGAUGAACUCGGCAACUACAGAGUACCUGGGCCUCUCCUCCUGCCACCAGGGAUGCUUGCUGAACACGAACGCUUCUGGGAACCUUUCCAUAUGGAGCAACCAUUCCUGGACCAGCCCGUCUUGGAACUACCCUGCCUGGAAUAGCCAGACCUGGUGUCCCCAAUCCUGGAACAACCAGGCGUGGAACAACCAGGCCUGGAACAACCAGUUCUGUGGUUAUGGAGAGGAAUCCCUGCAGCCCCAGAUCCAAUUCCAGCAAAAUCCUGUCAGUGAUUUGGAGGCCUCCUUGGAAAUGGCUGGGGAAGCCUAUGAUGCAAUCCUGCAAGCCCCUAUAUAUUAUGGUGCCCAGCAGUCUGCGGAUUUAUUCUCAGAUUUUUCUGUGAACAUAGUGUGA